GUCUAUCCCCUCAGGAGUAAGACUGCAGCUCUCACAGAUGACAGUAUCAGGACCAUGAGUGAAGUCAUAACUGGCAUCAGAACAGUAAAAAUGUAUGCUUGGGAACAGUCAUUUAUAGACCUUAUUACCAGAUUGAGAAGGAAGGAAAUUUCCAAGAUUCUGAGAAUUUCCUACCUUAGGGGAAUGAAUUUGGCAUCAUGUUUGGCUGUCAGCAAAAUUAUAAUUUUUGUCAUCUUCAUCACCAAUGAGCUCCUUGACAACCUGAUCACAGCCAGCCAAUUGUUUGUGGUGGUGAUGCUGUUUGAGGCUCUGAGGUUUUUGAACACUCUCUACUUCCCCAUGGCCAUUGAGAAUGUGUCAGAGGCCGUCAUCAGCAUACGAAGAAUCAAGGUUUGGGGACAAAUAAUUGCUUUUGGUUGUAGGUGGAUUUUUUGUAAAAUGCCCUUUUGUUUGGUGUCACUGUGUUCCAAUUAGGAGAUAUUUAACUCU